AUGGCUGAUCCUGAGUUGGAAGCAAUCAGACAGAGAAGGAUGCAGGAGCUUAUUGCUCAACAUAGCGUGGGAAAUCAACAUAACCCUGAACAGGAGAAGGCUCAGGAUGAGGCAAAGAGGGAGGCGGAGGAACGAAGACAGAUGAUGCUUAGUCAGAUAUUGUCUGCUGAGGCGCGAGAAAGGCUUGCUCGUAUUGCUUUGGUGAAACCUGAGAAAGCAAGGGGCGUUGAAGAUGUUAUACUGAGAGCUGCUCAAAUGGGUCAGAUAACUGAAAAGGUUUCUGAGGAAAGACUCAUAUCACUUCUGGAGCAGAUAAACAACCAAACGGCAAGGCAGACAAAAGUUACAAUACAGAGGCGUCGAAGUGUUCUCGAGGAUGAUGAUUAA